AUGGAACGCGUUAUGCAGAUCCAUCACAUUCUGAGCAACGGACAGAAAUGUUCGAAUUCAGAACGCAACAUCUUUCAGGCCACUCUUGCUCUGAAAGAUCGGAUUGCCAGUCUCCGUCACCACCGACGUGCCGGUAAGCUAAUCAGCUUCGAUCUGGAGAACGCCUUCGAUCGGGUGCGGCAUUCGUUUCUGUUCGACACCAUGCGGUCGCUCGGUUUCAACGUGGAACUUAUCUCUCUGCUCUCGCGCAUUGCCAGUCGGUCCACAUCCCGGCUGCUCAUCAAUGGACACCUUUCUCGGUCGUUCGAGAUCGCACGGUCGGUGCGACAAGGGGAUCCAUUGUCCAUGCAUCUAUUUGUUUUGUAUCUCCAUCCACUGGUAAGCAGACUAGAGCAAGCGUGUGGGGAGGAUCUGCUUGUGGCAUAUGCGGACGACAUCAGCGUCGUCGUCACAACGGAGGCACGGAUAGAAAUGAUCCGUGAAAUAUUCAACCGAUUCUCUGUUGCAGCCGGCGCAAAAUUAAAUUUGCGCAAAACAAUUGCAAUAAAUGUCGGAUACUGCGAAGGCAACACAAUCGAUACCCAGUGGCUGCAAACGGCAAACGUAGUCAAAAUUCUGGGUAUCACUUUCGCAAAUUCGAUUCGAUUGAUGACGACGCUGAACUGGAACGUGCUGGUGGGUAAAUUUUCUCAACAAAUGUGGUUGCAGUCUCAUCGUACGCUGACGCUGCACCAGAAGAUAAUAAUGCUGAACACCUUCGGCACUUCCAAAUUGUGGUACCUCUCGUCGGUGCUGCCUCCACUAGGAAUACACACGGCGAAGAUAACAGCGACGAUGGGGACGUUCCUGUGGAGAGGAAUAGUCGCUCGCGUGCCGAUCAUGCAGUUGACCAGGAAAAGGGAGCAUGGUGGUUUGAACCUACACAUUCCCGCCAUUAAAAGUCGUAGUCUGGCCACGAACAGACAUCUGAAAGAGAUUGAUUCCCUUCCGUACUAUAGAUCCCUCCUCUUCCCCGCUGAUCCUCGCCCUGCAAUUCCAAUAGAUCAUCCCGACAUCAGAAUAAUCCUUACAUGCUUAUCCCAAAUCCCCCAACAAAUUCAACAAAACUCCUCCGCCGUGCAAAUCCACCAACAUUUUGUUCAACAAACGGAACGGCCUAAGGUGGAACAAAACAGUCCGAUGAUCGACUGGCCACGCGCAUGGCAAAACAUCGCCGUCAAACAGCUGUCUUCAGCCCAUCGUUCACAAAUGUACUUAUUUGUAAAUGGAAAAAUCGAACAUCGGAAGCUACUAUACACAAUGCAGCGAGUAGCAAAUGAUAACUGCACCCAUUGCGGGAACCAACAACAAGAAACGCUCCAACACAAAUUUUGCUCUUGUGCUCGUGUCGGCCCGGCGUGGACGGUCCUACAGCAGAGACUAACCGGGCUAAUGGAUGGAUGGAGAAGACUCUCAUUCGAAGAUUUAGCGAGACCUGCACUGGCAGGAAAACUUCAUCUGAAUUUUACCAACAUACCAAAGCAUCCACUUGAAGAGGAUAAUCAUCUUCCCUUGUCUACUACUCAGCAAAUUACUCGCUCGACAGUGCUAAUGCUUGUUAUUCAUUUAAUUUGGGCUCCAACAUACGCCAACCGCGUGCCGUGUUGGCCGCCAGGACUCACGAUCAUCAUCAACGUCACGGACCACCUGUCAACCGGGCUGCCGGAGCAAACCAUCGCCGUCGUCGUCAUCGUCGUCGCUCGCUGGAUGGCCCGCGGGGCUCUUGGCGCUCCUAACGAGAUUCUGCAGAAGAUGUGUUUACUCUCAUCCACGGGCAAAAAAAUAUUUGCAUAA